CGGUACAACACACCACAAUUUUUCUAUUAUAAAUACCCCAUUCCAUAUCACUUCAGAAGUAAGUUCUUGUAAAACAUUCUCACCAUCAAGCUGAAGCUCAUCAGCAAGUGAAUAUACACAUCUUAGGAUUGGUCUUGCAUGAUUUUGUGUUAGAUGGACAAUUCCACUUAUGAUAGAAAGGCUGAAGUGAAAGCCUUUGAUGAUUCAAAAGCUGGUGUAAGAGGGCUUGUGGAGUCUGGCAUAACAAAGAUUCCUAGAAUGUUCUAUUGUGAUCCGUUGAAUAUCAGUGAAAAUUUAGGCAGCGAUUCGAACUUGAAUAUUCCCAUCGUCGAUCUCAAAUACAUGCACAACAAUGUCGAUCCAUCUUUGCAUAAAGAGUUAGUUAGCCAAAUUAGAAAUGCAUGCAAAAAAUGGGGAUUUUUUCAAGUUAUUAAUCAUGGCAUUUCGGUUAGUGUGUUGGAUGAGAUGAUUAGUGGAGUGCAUAGGUUUCACGAGCAGGAUGUUGAUGUAAGGAAACAGUUUUACACUCGCGAUUUGAAAAAGAAAGUUCUCUAUUAUUCCAAUACCAGUUUAUUCAAAGACAAAUGUGCUAACUGGAGAGACACUCUUGGAUGUUCAAUGGCUCCUAAUCCACCCACACCAGAAGAAUUGCCUGAAGUAUUUAGAGAUGUUGUGAUAGAGUACUCCAAGAAAAUAUCGGCACUGGGAAAUGCAAUUUUAGAGCUACUCUCAGAGGCUCUUGGUUUGGAUCCACCAUACCUCAAAGAAUUAGACUGCGCUGAAGGGCUAUUUCUUUUGGGUCAUUACUAUCCUCCAUGCCCUGAACCAGAAUUGACCAUGGGCACUUCUAAGCAUACCGACCGCAACUUCAUGACAUUACUCCUCCAAGACCAACUCGGAGGACUUCAGAUUCUUCAUGAGAAUCAGUGGCUUAAUGUUCCUCCUGUGCAUGGAGCUCUUCUUGUCAACAUAGGUGAUCUUCUACAGCUUAUAACAAAUGACAAGUUUGUGAGUGUUUACCACCGUGUAUUGUCAAAUUAUGAUGGACCAAGAGUUUCAGUUGCUUGUUUCUUUGUAAAUUCCAAGGACCCGGACGAAGCCUCUUCAAAGAUAUACGGUCCUAUUAAACAACUGUUAUCAGAAGAAAAUCCACCAAUCUACCGCGACACAAGCAUUGCAGAAUUCACAGCGUACAGUUACGAGAAGGGGCUCGAUGGAAAUUCUGUUUUGGAGCGUUUUAAGUUGUCAAAUGAUCAAAUUUGAUGGAAGUAAUAGUGUGUUAUUAUCAUAACUUGUGCUUUUUAGACCAUGUAUUGCAGUAGUAUAAGAGUGUUGUUCCCUGUUAGUAACUUGCAGUAAAGUUGUUUUUCAUGAUUAAUUAUGAGAUGAAUUAUUCAUUAUA